AUGGAGGAGGAAGAAGCAGUGAGGAAGAUGCUCUGGGAGCCCCAGGCAGGAACUGAGCUGUGGACAGAGACCAGGGAGGAUAAAUCCCCACAGCAAAACCUUGUGGAAGAGGCCAUUUUGAGUGGCUCCAAGGGGCAGGAAUCCAAUGGGGAGGAAAAGCCAAAGGAAUCCCCCACAGGGAGGGGCUCCAAACCCAGCCCAGGGUGCUCUGAGGAGAAAAGAACCCCCCUCUGCAUCAUCCAGAGACCCAGCCUGGUGGUCCACGAGCAGCUUCACACUGGGGAGAAGCCCUACAGGUGCUGGGAAUGUGGGAAGAGCUUCAGCCACACCUCCCACCUCUUCAUCCACCUGCAAGCACACACGGGGGAACAGCCCUACGAGUGUGGGAAAUAUGGGAAGAGUUUCAGCCUGAGCUGCACCCUGACCCAGCACCAGGAGAUCCCCACAGGGGAACAGCCCUGCAAGUGCUUCAUGUGUGGGAAGAGCUUCCGCCACAGGUCCAGCCUGAUCUGCCAGCAGAGAGCCCAGAGUGAGGAACGGCCCUGUGAGUGUCCCGAGGGUGGGAAGGGGUUUUGGACCAGCUCAGAUCUCCUCAUGCAUCAGAAAACACACACGGAGGAGAGGCCUUCAGCUGCCCCGACUGCGGGAAGGGCUUCAAGUGUAACUUCACCCUCAGCAUCCACCGGCGCAUCCACACGGGGGAGAGGCCCUACGAGUGUCCUGAGUGUGGGAAGAGAUUCCCUCAGAGCUCUGCCUUGACUUCACACAAAUGGACCCACCUGUGAGAGAAGUCCUGCAAAUGUCCUGAGUGCAGGAAGAGCUUUGUGUGUGUCUCCAGCUCCAUCCCCAGUGGGAGAAUCUGCAUUGGAUGAUCCCCAGUGACUCUGGUUGGGCAGAGACCUGGUGACCCCUGUUCUGGGUGAUCUGUGUUGAGAAGACACCUGUCUGGUGAUCUCCAUGUCCUCCUGGUCCCCAUAGGCACCUGGAUGAAGGCAGGAGUAGGAGCCUCCAUGAGGACUCAGAAUGACAUCAGGAAUUCAUUGGGAAGAGUGGAUUUGUUGAUUUUCAACCCUGAAAGUCUCAGCUCUUCUGUCCAAUCCUUUCUUCCUGUGGCAUCAAGCAACACUGGGUGAUCUUGGAGGUCUUUUCCAACCUCAGUGGUUCCAUGAUUUUGCUUCUCUAUGGCCCAUGGGUGUGUUCCACAGCCAAAUGGUGAUGGACUGGG